AUGUCACAAGGAACUAGUAGAAGAAAUCGCGAUAAUUAUUGGGAAGAAGUAAAAGGCACUGAUCCAGGAUAUAGGAGUCGUAGUGUGAGAAUAUGUGUACAGGCCCUGAAAAGUAUAUUGGAGGUAAUGGAUGAGAUGGAUGUUGCGAAGUUAAACAAGGUAUAUGAGGAUAAUGAAGCAAGGUUUUCGAAAUUGGAAGAUGAGUUGGAUGAGAUUGAGAAGUUGAAAAGAAGGAGAAUUAGGUGUUUUUAUGUAGUUGAUUCUGGGAGUGAGACAUUGGAGGAAGUGUCUAAUUAA